UUGAACGAUGUCAUAUUACUAUACUCAAUCUGUUUCGAUUACGCAUCUGAUUAAUUAAACAACAUACAUAUAUAUUAUCAGCAUUGGUUAACUUGAGAUAAGAGCUGUGAGCUUAACUCUGUGUGGGUUAUCAGCCUGAAUGAGACUUAUUCAAUAAUUCGGGAACUUUUAUAACCUUAUUCCUGGCUGAUAUGUUGGUAACGAACGGUGACAUAGAAGCCGCGCAUCUUCGCAUCAAGAGCAACAUUCACAAGACUCCAUGUCUGACAUCCAAGACAUUCCAGCAACAGUUUUGUCCAGACAAAAAGGUGGUGUUCAAGUGUGAUAACUUCCAGAAGUGUGGCAGUUUCAAAGUGAGGGGUGCUCUGAAUGCAGUGAUGCUGCUGAAAGAGAGGCAGCCACAAGUGAAAACUGUCGUCACUCAUAGCAGCGGCAAUUUCGCGCAAGCACUUGCAUACGCGGCCCAACUGAACAACCUGUCGUGUCACGUGGUAUGUCCCUCGAACACGGUGCAGGCGAAGAAGGAUGCGGCUCGGGAGUACGGGGCAGAGGUGACAGAGUGUGAACCUACUGAAGAGGCGCGUGAACAGACUGCUCAGCGGGUCAUCCGAGACACCGAAGGAGCUGUGUUUGUGCACCCAUAUGCCCACGCAGAUAUCAUAUGCGGACAGGGAACAGCUGGACUGGAGAUGAUUGAACAGGUGGACAAAAUAGACGCAGUGCUAGUCCCAGUGGGUGGAGGGGGACUGCUCGCAGGUAUUUCGUCGGCCAUCAAAUACAAAUAUCCUAAUGCCAAAGUCUACGCAGUAGAACCAGACACAGCGGAUGAUGCCAAAAGAUCUUUCGACAGCAAGACUCUAAUUCGAAAUGAAACGUAUCCCACAACUAUAUGCGAUGGACUACGCACAUCUAUGAGUGAAAUAACUCUAGCUCAUAUGCUUAAACAUGUUGAUGACGUCAUCUUAGUUUCGGAUUCUGACACCGCCUCGGCCGCUCGUUUCUUCCUGAGGAGAAUGAAAAUAUGCGUGGAACCAUCAGGUGCAAUUGGUGCUGCAGUUUUGAUGAACAAAAAUAACCUUGAGAAAUACUUCAAAAACUGUGAAAACAUAGUGAUUUUUGUAUGCGGUGGAAAUUUUGAUUAUCUUCUACAAGCAGAUUUAAUUAACGAUCUUUAGUAUCUUUUGAAA